UAUUUUUAAGGUUCUAGGAAAUUGGUCAAUUUUUUUGCUGCUAGUUUUCUGAGAUAGAAAGCCGGAAAGUGAUUCGACAGGAAGUUAUGGCAGCUCGGACGCUGCGGUCGGUAUUUACGCUGCGUUCAGUUGCCGCCGCUUCGAGCGCGGGUAGCCUCCUAUGUAAAGUCUCAAAUAAUGUACAGCCUUUGAAGCAAAAUUCAUUUAUUUACAACAAAUUCGUGACAGGUAUAUGGUCAUCUCGCAAAUCUUUUCAUCAUAGUAGUUCACGGCCUACCAGUGAAAGUGCCAUGGCUCCGGUAGGGCUCCCUCCCGCCGAUUUAGUUGAGCAAUACAUUAAGCAGAGCAAAGUCAUCAUCUUCAGUAAAUCUUUCUGCCCCUUCUGUAAUCAGGUCAAGGCACUGUUCAACAAACUUGGCGUGAAGUUCACAGCACUGGAGCUUGAUGAGCUUGAAAACGGAGAUGCCAUACAAGAGGCUCUGUUUGCCAGGACGGGCCUAAAGACAGUCCCCAACACUUUCAUUAACGGCACACAUGUAGGCGGCUGCGAUGACACCCUCAACAGACAUGAGGCGGGCCAGCUCCUGCCACUGCUGCAUGUCAAGACUCAUGAUUAUGAGUAUGACCUUGUUGUGAUAGGGGGUGGUUCAGGUGGCCUGGCAGCGUCCAAAGAGGCUGCGGCGUUGGGGGCCAAGGUUGCCGUUCUGGACUUUGUGCAGCCCACCCCCCUGGGGACACAGUGGGGACUGGGGGGCACGUGCGUCAAUGUCGGCUGCAUCCCCAAGAAGCUCAUGCAUCAGGCGGCGCUUCUGGCACAUGGUCUGCAGGACUCGCGGGCGUAUGGUUGGCAGACGCCAGAGAGCAUCGAGCACAGCUGGGGGACGCUGGUGGAGGGCGUGCAGAACCACAUUGGCUCCCUCAACUGGGGCUACCGUGUGCAGCUCAGGGACAAGAACGUCGAGUAUGUCAACGCUUACACCACCUUCGUCGACCCCCACACUCUGCGUACGGUGGACAGACGCGGCAAAGAGAGAACCAUCACAUCGGACAAGAUCCUGGUGGCUGUAGGGGGGCGGCCCAGGUACCCGGACCUGCCAGGGGCGCGGGAGCUUUGCAUAACCUCGGACGACCUUUUCUCGCUGAGCCAUCCCCCGGGCAAGACACUCCUGGUGGGGGCUUCGUACAUCGCUCUCGAGUGCGCCGGCUUCCUCGCGGCUCUAGGCUUUGACGUAACCGUCAUGGUGCGCUCUAUUUUCCUGCGAGGGUUCGACCAACAGAUGGCGGAGAAGGUGGCUGACUACAUGGAGCGCCAAGGCGUCAAGUUCAUCCGCGGUGCUGUGCCAACCCUCUUCGAGCAGGUGGAGGAAGGCACCCCUGGGCUGGUGCGGGUGACUGCGACCAGCGAUGAGCAGGGGACGUUCAGUGAUGAGUACAACACUGUCGUGCUGGCCAUAGGACGCGACCCCUGCACCAAGGACAUGGGCCUCAACAACGCGGGCGUCACCCUCGCCAAGAGUGGCAAGAUCAUUGUCAACGACGAGGAGCAAUCCAGCGCCCCCAACGUGUACGCCAUUGGGGACGUCAUCGAGGCGGGACUCGAGCUCACGCCCGUCGCCAUUCAGGCCGGCAGGCUCCUCGCCAGGCGACUAUACGGCGGGGCCACAAAGAAGAUGGACUACCAGAAUGUGGCGACGACGGUGUUCACGCCCCUGGAGUACGGCUGCUGUGGGCUGAGCGAGGAAGACGCCAUCACUAAGUAUGGGGCGGAGGACGUAGAGAUUUACCACAACGGCUUCUGGCCCCUCGAGUUCACCGUCGCGCACAGACCUGAGAGCGACUGCUAUGCUAAGCUCAUUUGCGUCAAGAGUCAAAAUGAGCUGGUGGUGGGCUUCCAUAUCGUAGGGCCCAACGCGGGUGAGAUCACCCAGGGCUUCGCCAUCGCUCUGCAGCUCGGCGCCACCAAACAAAACUUCGACGACCUUGUCGGCAUACAUCCGACGUGUGCUGAGGUGUUCACCACCAUGACUGUCACGAAACGGUCAGGGAAGGACGCGUCUGCUUCGGGCUGCUGAGGUUAAGCUACUGCUGCGUGCGCUGCAAACCGUCCAUCACGCACUCGCUGGGUAGUGACAGGGCGCGUUACUAACGGACACUAGCUAGCUCGGUGCUUUGUGUCCCUGACGCGUUACUAAACGUCGAGUUGAGGACGUGAUGGGCGGUCGCGACCGACAGCAGUCAAAAGAGGACUGGCCUUUGGGACCCUGGCUUGUGGACGCCUGUCAGCUUCGUGACGUCCGCUCUAUGAGACCUGGAGUUGCUUCGAUCAUUCCUGCACUAAAGCAGAUACGAAUUAUUUAUGGUAGUUGCGUAUGAAGGUCUCUGAAGUGGCGGCAGUGGCGAAACUGAUGGCAUUCUUGGCCGCAAUGAUGGAUGCUGCGUAAACUUCUUAUGCGAAGCCGCAUUUUCCUGACUCGGUCGUCGGCUUGUUCUUCUUGGAGAGAGGUUGUGUGAUACUGGAGUAAGGAGACCCGUUCUAGGGUGGAGGGCGAUCACAACACGGGGUUAGACGCAGCCAUUCAAUUCUUGUGGAGACUGCGACUAAUAAAGAACCUGCAGAAGUUGAUUUCAAUUCCUUCAAUUGGGUCCAUUUUUUUGUUAGAAUGAUGGGCACUGAAUUAAGUACAAUUAUGUACUGCCUUACAUAGCGUCUAUUAUGAAUGUUGGAGAUAGAUGAAUAUAUUAUAGAUUUAUAAAAAAAUAAUUAUAGAUUCUCCUGAAAUCUUUUUCACUCACAAAUGUUACAUGAACGCACUGUUCAAAGAUUCAUCAUAUGGCCACCAUACUUGUAUAAAUUGUUAUAGACGUCGUUUUGGUUCGUGAUUCUUGUCACUUGAUUGUUCGGAUGUGACGUGACACGUUCGACGCGUCCUGUCCUCUUACAAUCACAAUAAAAUGAACUAUUAAAUA